UUUGCAAGGCCCUACCCUGUUCAGAGCAAGGCACCGAAUGCCCAGGGUCCCGGUGUGUGGAAUUUCCCAGAGGCGGGCACAAACAUCCACGAGGGCAGCAGAUGAAAAACUCCUGCUCCAGAAGCUUGCACACUUCUCCGAGCAACCACCACUGCUGUCUGGGUGACCAGACUCCCGUGGACUGCCAGGGGGUUUCCCAGGUCGGCACUACCAUGAGGGUCCAGCUGGAAGGGCACGGCACAGCACGGCACGGCACGGCACAGCACGGAGCACCGGGGCAGUUCAAACAUUGCCUCGCAGCCCGGCACGGUGGGCGCUGCGAGGCCGGCUCUGGCGGCCACAGUGGCGGCUGCAGAACUGAGUGCUCCUGUCCGCAGAUCCCGGGGGAACGUGAUCCUAAAGUGAUGGCCGUUCUCGGGAGCCAUCGCCACUCGGGGAACAACAGAAUGUCAGGUCCUGACAUGUCUUCUCGAGAGAAAAAACACAGCUCCGUGUGGCCACGGCGUGGGAAAGGAGGCCGCUGCACCAUUUGGGAGCCCGCAGCUCUGGUGCCGUGCCCAGCCUCGGGCGAGCAGCUCGGAGAGGCUCACGGAGGCACAGCCGGGGCGCGGGGCCACGCUGGGAGCAGCUGGACAGGCCACGAAUUCCUGCCGGCGGCCGGCCCGGCGGGGCAUAGCAACGGGAGCCGGGGGAGGAACGGGAAGCAGCGGGAGCUGUGAGAAAGCGAGCGGCGCCGCGGGGCGAGGCGGGGGCUGGAGCGGAGGAGCGGAGGAGGAGGAGGCGGCAGGGGCGGCUCGGGCCCUCCCGCCGGGCACGGCUCCUCUCCGAACGCCACCCAAAGCCGCCGGUUUGCGGCCGCUGCGGUUCGUGCCAGCGUGCCCCGGGCUCGGCCCCUAGAGCCGCCGCGACACGCACGGCGCUGCCGCCAGCCCGCAGCGGGGCCGCGGGCGCUGCUGCCUCCCCCGCGCUGCCAGCCGCGGCACACACCGAUUGCCCCCCUCCAGCACUGGCUGCCCGCCCGUACAGCGCCGCUGCUUCGGCCGCGGCUGCGGAACGGCAUCGCUCCCCCGGCCUCGGGCGGCUUUGGAAGUGCUCUGGGCCCGGGGUGGCUCCGCCGCUCUGUGCAGCCGUGGCUGCUCCGCACAGGGUCCAGCUCCCGAGGGGAACCGGCCUUGGCGGGGGCAGGCAUUGCGCAGCCACUGGAUUUCAUGUCACAAAGGAUGUUUUACUGCACGGGUUUGUUCUUCUGCAUGAAGAAAACGUUAACCAAAAUACAGAGGAGACACAAUAGCUGUACAGAUACA